AUGAGUGGAACAGGCGAUAAGUACGAACCUAAUGGGUCAGAAGAUUUUAGUGAAUCUGAGGAAGAUUCAAACUCUGAGGGUAUUAAUGAUCUCACCAGUCAGGAGCUGGAUAAGAGGAUCAACCAGAUGAAGGCCAAAAUUAAGGAUCUGCAAGAGAACGAGAUGAAGUUUGGCAUAGAUUCUCAAGAUUACCCUGAUAGUCAGCAGGAAUCAGGCAAUGAUUCUAACCAAGAUUACUACUCGAGAGAGGAUGAUAGUGAAUAUGAUGGCAAUCAAAAGCAGCCUCAAAAUUACGAAGAAAAUAGAAAUAUAGGAAUCUCAAGUAAGGAAAAGAGGAAAAUGAAAACUUAUGACUCUCCUAAGAAUUACAAGGAGAAGAAUCCAAUGGUUAAGGAUUAUGAUGAGGACUCCAUGAAUCAAUAUGAUGAAGCUCAAGACCAUUUAGAUCGAAACGAAGAACUACAGAAGAUUAAAUUGUCAGUUGAAAAUCAAUAUAAUGAAGGCUUUAAGAAUCAAGAAAGAUAUCCUCCCAAGAAAGAGUUUAAUGAAGACCAAGAUUAUGAGUAUAUGGAUAGUCAACCACAGAAGAAAUAUCAAAAGUCAUCUCCAUCACAGAAGAAUUGGAAAGAGCCUGAUUCUGAUGAAAAUAAUGAUGGUCAAUAUUCGCAGAUAAAAUAACUCUAAAACAUUUAAGAAGUUCAUGAUGAGUGAGAAUCAAAUGAAGAUAAACAAGCAAAAUGAAAGCCAAAUGUAUGAACAAGAGCAUUCUCAGCAGAAAAUGAACAUGAAUGAAGUUAAUAAAUUUGGAGAUAAAGUUCAGAGAUUUGACCAUCCUAUCUUUGAAAAUGAAUACUCAAAUCCCCAGAAUUUAAAUGAAACUAGCUAUCAGAAUGCUAGUUAUGAUAAUAAAAAUACCCAGAAUCAUCAAAAUUACAACAUACAAGCACCUCCCCAAGCAACCCCUGCCCAGCCUAAUAGAUAUCCUCCUGCUGAAUGGGCUAGCAAUAUGAGGUAUGGACCUUCUCAAGCUCCUGAAGAGAACGAGCUGCCAGGAUAUAGUGAACAAAUUUUGAAUAACAUUCCUUCGCUAUCUUUUGCUAAACAGCAAUUGUAUCAAAAUGCUAUGGGAAAUAUGUCCCAAGACACGUAUGACCAGAGCAUUCACAUGACUCCUGCUCGAAUGAAUCUAGCAAUGAGUUAUCAACAGCCAAGCAUGGGUGGAAAUCAACAACAGAAUUUAGGUGGCCCUCAACAACCAAAUAUGGGAAUUCCUCAGCAGCAUAAUCUUGGAAACUCUCAACAGCCAAAUCUGGGAGCUUCUCAACAGAUGGCAUAUGGUUCAAACACCUUUGGCACUGAUGCAAAUAUGGGAAUGAUGUAUCCUCAGAACCCUCAGAAAUCUUACCACAGCAGCCCUCAAAAUCCAGGAAUAAACAGCAUGGAUCUUCAUGGCUUAACUACUGGAGGAGAUUUAGAAUUCAUCCAGGAAAAACUCACUAAAGUACAGGAACAGUAUGACACCUUGAAGAAGGAAUAUGAUGAGCAGAAGCAAUUUUACGAUGAAGCUCUAGAAGCAAGAACUAAUCAGCUUGAAGAAGCUGAAAAUGAAGUUUCUAAGCUCAAAGGGGAACUUGAAACCACUAAGAAAGAGGAAAUAGAUCUGAAGGCAAAGAAUGAGUCAUACAAAUUCGACAAUGAUAUGCUUUCCAAGACAAUAGAGUCUACCAGUAAGGAUAAGACAAAUGCUUCUCAGAGAGAAGAAGGUCUACUUAAUCAGAUUGAUGAGCUCACUUCUGCCAUAAAGCAGAAGGAAUCCAUCAUUGAACAGAAGGUUGACCAGAGCUUUGGCUUAAAGCAGACUAUUGAUGGUCUUAAAAGCGAUGCUGAGAAGGCAAAAAGAAGGAUAGAGACCUUGGAAGAAGUCUGAAGAAGCAAAGAUUCAGAAAUCAAUAUGAUGGAUAAAGAAAUUGAAAACUGUAAAGGAGAAAUCAAUGCAUUGACUAACAAAGAAAAGGGACUCGUUAGAGAACUUGAAGCUACUAGGUCAGAAUUCGGGAGUACUAGAGAUCAACUCCAAGCUGAAAGAAAUAAAAAUAGUCAACUUAUUGCAGAUAUUAAUGGAAUCAAAGAAGUCUGUGCACAGUCCCAACAAAAGGAAAAUACAUUAAGACAGACAUUAGAUAGAGCGAAUGAUACUAUAGACCAAAUGAAGAAUCAAUUGAAACAAGCAGAUAACUAUAUCAAAGAUCAAGAUAAUCAACUCAGAACUGCUCAGAGAGAUUUAGAUUUUUCAAAGAAUUCAAACUCAGAUUUGAAAAACCAAAUAGAGCAGAUGAAAAAUCAAAUGGAGCAAUUAAGGGUCCAAUCAAAUAUGGCUCAGCAACAACUAUCAUUCCAAGCUGCUGCUCCUCCUCCGCCUCAAUAUAGACCACCACCACCUCAAUUUGAUUAUAACCAUUACCAGCCAUCUCAACCCCAGUAUACCAAUUAUUCGCCUCCUCAAGAGAAGAGUUUUGCCCCCUCAUAUUCUUCUAACUACGAUCAGAAUACUGCACCUCCAAGAAGAGAACCAGAGGAGUAUUCUCAGCCUAGUUUUGCCCCAAGAAAUUCACCUCCGAAAGAAGAGUACAAAGCACCCCCACAAAGGAAGCAGUAUCAGGAGCCUCCUAAAGAGCCAGCCUACCAGCCAAGAAAGCAAGAGUAUCCUGAUUACGCUCAGACUUUUGGAGAGUCUAAAAAGAGCAACCAGAACAAAUCUUCAAUGGGAUCUCUUCUCACUUGGGAGGAAGAUGAUAGAAAACCUCGUGCAGAGCCUAAGAGGAGGAUGGAGCCUCCAAAACAAGAGCCUCGUUAUAAUCAGCCUCCUGCUCAGGAGCCAGCUCGCCCAGAUCCAGUAAUGUCUCAUAAUGAGAGAAGACCAGAAACAGGGCAAUCUAACUCAUGGAACCAAGCAUCAGCAGGUGUAAAAACAAAAGAAGCUCCAAAGCUCGAAUCCCAAAUCCAAUUUGAAAGAGAACAAAAAGAGAUCAGUACUAUAGAAACCAACCUCCUCAACUUACAGAUGGAGAAGAAGAAUCUGAACAUGGAAUACGACAAGAUUCCUGACACAGCUAAAACAAUCGCUCAGAGAAGAAGAAAGCAAGACCUAGAAAGAGAGAUCAACAUUCUGGACAAAAACAUCUCUUCUCUCAAAAAGAAACUCAGAGAGAAACAAGUUUUAUAAUCGCCCAAUUAAUUCCAAUUAAUAUCGCAACAAAUCAGUUUCCUAAUAAGAUCGUUACCCCAAAACUAGUUUAGCUGUUCGCCGACAUCUGUCCAUAUACAC